AUGCUCUCUUCCCUCGCAUUCCUUAGCAGCCCAUUACUCCUACCAUCCACAGAAUGGUCAGACUACCGCCGUCUCAUCACCAUCGGUCUUAGCUUCUCCAUGCUGGGCGACUAUUUUCUUAUUCCCUCGCGCCGUGAAUUCCAUGGCUUGGACACCAAAGACCAAACUGGCAAAUCAGAACCGCAAGGAAAAAUAUCUAUAUCUUUCCAACUCGGUAUCGUCGCUUUCGCAGCAGCUCAUAUAGCCUACACUGUAGCCUUUCUGCAAGACUCUUCCCAGACCUCCUGGACAGCCUUUGCCGCUACCUUCGUAGCCACUAUGGCCGCUGCAAAAUGGUUGGGUGUCAUAUAUCCCUCACAACAUUCCUCGCUUCAGACAAAUGUUCUGGACCUCGAUGUCGCUCCGGAUAUGAAGCUGUUGGUUUCGGUUUAUGCCGUUAUCAUUGGGGUAAUGUUUGCGGCUGCUACUUCCACCUCUCCAUUGAUUGUUCCAACAGACUGGCUACACUCGCGAGCCCUGGGUGCGGCUAUGUUUGUUGUAAGCGACCUUUUUGUUGCGAAGAAUGCAUUCGGGAGAUCUGCUGCGCCAAGGAGUCGUGGAUGUCUCGCGAUAUUUGUGGGUUAUGCGCUUUAUUUCUGGGCACAGAUGGUCAUCGCUGCAACAGUGCGAGAAUAA